UUCCUCAUCCUCCCUCCUCCUCCGCCCCCGUGUUGCUCCUUCCUUGUCCCUCUCUCCUCGCCCCUCGCCCCUCCCUCCCUCGACGCCCGCCGCCCCUCCGCAGCCCCUCCCCGGGCCCAUGGCGCAGCCGGCCGCCAAGCGGCGCCGCUGCCCUGGCGCGCAUCCCCCCCCGCCCAGAGCCGAGGGUAGCGGCUCCGAGGGCGCGGCCGGGCAGCCGGCGGAGGAGCGCGGCGAGGGGGCGCAGGCAGGCGGCGCCGAGGGCGCGGCCGGGCCGUCGUCGGAGGAGGCCGGGGCCGCAGAGCUGGCGGCCGUGCCCGCGCUGGUGGCCCGGGGCGAGCUGGAGGGGGCCGCCGCCGCGUGCGAGCGCGCGCUGGCGGCGUGCCCCGCCUCGGCCCACGCGUGGUUCCUGCGGGGCUUCGUGCACGACGUCGCGCACGAGCACGCGCGCGUGGGCCCGUGCAUGCGCCGCGCGCUGGCGCUGGACCGCGGCCGCGUGGACGCGUGGCUGUUCCUGUCCGAGUGCGCGUACCGCGCCGGCGACUUCGAGGCCGCCUUCGACCUCUUCUCCGAGGUCCAGGCGCGCGACCCCGGCGGCCCCGCCGGCGUGCAGGCGGCGGCGGACGCGGCGCUGCUCGCCCGCAACCUGCGCUGCGCGCUGAGCGGCAGGAGCGCCUGGGGCGAGGCCGCGGCAGCGCUCGCGGCCGCCCAGCGCGAGGAGCGCGGAGGGGAACAGGGGGUCCGCGCGGAGCUCCCCGGCCAUUCAUGUCUGUGCCGUUUUUCUUCUUCUAUCGUCUGCAGCAGCGUGGACGACCUCUGCGUCUGGCGGGUGAAGAGCCCGAGGCAGCUGUGCACCUUCUGGCUCGACCGCGCGGCUGAGCCACGGACUGCCCCGGAGGUGGCAGGGCGCGCGCUGCUGCGCCUCCUCGGCCACGAGGAGCGCGACUUCGCCGGCAUCGAGUGGUGGUGCCGCAACCACGCGGCCCGCAUGGGCGCCCACUUCCACUACGACACGGCGCUGUCCGUGUGGGGCAGGACGCACGGCGAGGUGGAGCGGAGCACGGACUUCCUGCGCCCGGCCUACUCCUCCGUGCUCUAUCUCGGGGACGUGGGGGGGCCCACCGUGGUGCUCGAGCAGGUGGCCGGCCGCGAGGGCGAGUCCACACCCUCCAUGCCGCUCGCCGGCUACACGGUCGCCCCCAGGCGCAACCGCUGGAUGGUGUUCCCCGGCGAGCUGCGGCACGGCGCCGUCGCGGUCGACGGCUCGCGGGAGCCGCGGCUCCUGGAGGAGAGAAUGCCCAAGACAUUGGCGUCGUUCUUGUUGUUGUUUCCAGUCGGGCGUGCUCGCACCACCUCGGGCCUCGGGGGCCCGCGCAGCUCGAUCCAGCUCGAAAGAUGCGGCGGCAGAGAGAGGGAGUCCGUGGGCUCCCCUCGUGAUCUUUUCCUACGGUGUUAUUUUGUUCCCAACCAUUAUGUGGUGUCGCGUCCUCGUUUUGAAGAGAGAGCGCCCUGCGUUCCUCUCCUCUUUCUCCUCUUCUCCUCCCCCUCCUCCCUCCUCACAUCAUCAUCAUCAUCAUCAUCAUCAUCAUCAUCAUCAUCAUCAUCAUCAUCAUCGUCAUCACCAUCAUCGUCAUCAUCAUCAGCAUCGUCAUGA